GUUGCUCUCCACCCAUCAGACUAUUACCACAAGCCCCAAAAGAUAGAUAGGGCGAGAGAGAAAAAGUGAGCGUGUGUCAGAGACAGAGGGUCAGCCUGAGAUUAACAGAGAGAGAGAGAGAGAGCGAGAGAGAGAGACACACACAGUUAGUUAAUAUUGGCAUGCCUGCAUACUCCACCAACAUGAGGCUUAAGUUUCCUAUCCUGGCUCUGACUCUGGAGAUUAUCACCAUCAUCCUGUUCGCUGUGUUUGUGGACUACGAUGAUGGGAAACACGGGGGGCACGGAGCCCACAACACCACACACCAUGAGAAGAAGACGGAACAGGAUCCUCUGACCCUUUAUCCCAUGUUCCAGGAUGUCCACGUUAUGAUCUUCAUUGGCUUUGGCUUCCUGAUGACCUUUCUGAAGAGAUAUGGCUUCAGCAGCGUGGGCCUCAACCUGCUCCUGGCCGCCUUCGCUCUGCAGUGGGGUCUAAUCAUGCAAGGCCUCUGGCACCUGGACGACGGCAAGAUCAAAGUCUCCAUCUUCAAGAUGAUCAACGCAGAUUUCAGCACAGCCACCGUUCUGAUCUCGUUCGGGGCAGUGCUGGGUAAAACCAGUCCUGUCCAGCUCCUCAUCAUGACCAUCCUGGAGAUCACCAUCUUCAGCAUCAACGAACAUCUGGUGGCCGAAAUCCUGGAGGCCAAUGAUGUUGGGGCCUCCAUGAUUAUCCAUGCCUUUGGGGCAUACUUCGGUCUCGCAGUGGCCCGCAUGCUGUACCGGCCAGCUCUGAGGAACAGCCAUGAGAACGAUGGCUCUGUUUACCACUCUGACCUCUUCGCCAUGAUCGGUACCGUGUUCCUCUGGAUGUUCUGGCCCAGUUUCAACUCUGCCAUCGCUGAAUCUGGCACUGAUCAGCUCAUGGCGGUGACCAACACCUACUUCUCCCUGGCUGCCUGCGUACUCUCUGCCUAUGCCGUCUCCAGCUUGGUGGAGCACAAAGGCAAACUAGACAUGGUCCACAUCCAGAAUGCCACUCUGGCAGGAGGUGUUGCCGUGGGAACCUGCGCUGACAUGGACAUCGGCCCUUUUGGUGCCAUGAUCAUCGGGUUCGUGGCUGGCAUCGUCUCCACCCUGGGCUUCAAGUUCCUCACUCCAAUCCUGGCAUCCAACCUGGGCAUCCAGGACACCUGUGGUGUCCACAAUCUGCACGGCAUGCCUGGCAUCCUCGGGGGUAUCGCUGGAAUUGUGGCUGUCGCUCUGGGCAAGAAGAACGGGAGUGCUGCCAUGCAGGGUGCAGCCCUGGCCUCAUCCCUUGGGUUCGCUUUGGUUGGAGGAACUAUUACAGGUCUGAUAAUGAAGCUUCCAUUCUGGGGACAGCCUCCAGAUCAGAACUGCUUUGAUGAUUCCAUUUAUUGGGAGGUUCCUGGGGAGGAGGAGGAGGAGGGCGAGGAGAGCCUGGCUCACGGAGACCAAAAAGCAGAGGCGUAAAGCUCCCACUCGUUGCUGCACAUUCACGACCUACAACCCUCUGAGCUAGAAAUGGGAAAGUGAGGAAUCAUGAACCACACAUUAGACAUUGGGUGUACUCUAUCUCAAUAGUCUUAACUGGCUUCCUCUCCUUGUCACCUCUCCUUCAUCUAAUUGGUAGAUCCCUACCAGGACUUCAUGCGUCACCCGUCUAAUUUCUUGACCAUCAGUGCAGAGGACGUAAAGGAGAGAAUCUAUGUGGUACUAUUGAAUUCAACCCAGGAUGGCCAGUGCUGUGAAAUUGUCAGUUAUUUUCAACUACUGCAUAAAUAAUUGGAUUGAUAUGAGACAAAUUGAGAUCAUAUCGUGAUUCAUGCUACCUUAUUAAGCCAUCUCUAAAUCAACUCGAUCAGCAGGGAAAUGUUAGCCUAUGUUGCACUUUUCUAGGUCCAAACUAGGUCCUCAUUGUCCAUAGAUUUGUACUAAAUAUUUUAAUCUUCAAUUGAAGUAGGUCCACUGAAGAGCAUUUGAAACAUGUCAUAGCUCAUUAUAAUUUCAACUAAUGUGUAAGAGGUGGGUGGGUGUGUUACAUUUUUGUAUUUUUUUUUACUAUUAUUAGGUCUCAAUGCAAUUUAGAUAAUAUUGUAAGGAUUUUCUUAUCUUAAACAAAUAAUGUUUACAGAAACUCAUUUCAAGCAACAUGCUUGCAGUGCUUUGGAUGUGUUAGUCUGAAAAUUGAUUUAAAUGAAGGAGCAUUUUGAUAUAAAUGAUCCUGAAUAAGUUGCAUUGAAACAUGAACUGUUCUUUCACACAAUCGGAGGAAAGAUACUUUCAGGGAUUCUUUUUUUUACACUGAAUUUGAUGACCACCGUUCUGAGCCAUUAGAAACUGUAUAGAAAUAGUAGAAACAGUAUAUCAAGCUGACAAUAUCACCAAUUGUCUCACAUGCUUUGUGACACUAUCAAAAUGUUAACAGACAUUUGUUUUGCCUCAUUAGUUGGGGCUAUACAUUGUAUAUUUUUUUCAACGUGUCUUUUUAUGUCGCCAUCCAACUGACAUAGCCGAUAUUGUGUGCUGGACCUUGUUUAGUUAAUAAAAUCAACUGCUACUUUAGCCUGCUGCAGAGCUAGGCCGCGUGACUGGAACUCACUACUCCUACUGGAGAGAAUCUGAUACCAGACCAGGCUGCAAAGUUUAGGCAGUUUCUAAGGGCCAGUAUUUAUCAAGCGUCUCAGAGUGGGGGUGCUGAUCUUGGAUCAGUUUUACCUUUCUAGAUCAGCACUCCUGAGACGCUUGAUAAACACGGGCCCAGGUCUCACGGGGAACGGAGCUGGGCAAGAAUAGGUUCUGCAUUAAGCUACUCCCUGUGUGCAUCCAAAUACUCUAAGGUUCCCCUUCUUCUACCCCAGUAUCCUCACAGCUAAAAUGGAGUUGAGUGUCUUUCAUUUUCAUUUUUCAAACACAGAAAGUCAAUUGAAAUCUGACAUGUCCAAUUAAAAACCGGAUAGUCUACAUGGCACGUGGGUUCUGAAUAAAUGGGGCAUGAGAAAGAAAGCCACUAAGAGAUUUAGGAUACAUAAGCUUUCCAUAUUUCUUUCACUUCUUAUUGUAACCUCUUAAUGCAAAGUGUAGUUAGUUACAUAAUGGAUAUAGUCAGUUUCUCUAAAUCCCUGCACCUAGAACUAACAAUUGGUACUUAGUGAUUCAGAUCACAAGUAUCUCUUUAUACACUGAGUGUACAAAACAUUAAGAACACUUUCAUCAUAUUGAGUUGCACCCCCCCUCUUUUCCCCCAGAAUAGUCUCAAUUUGUUGGGUCAAUGACUCUACAAGGUGUCGAAAACAUUCCACAGGGAUGCUGGCCCAUGUUGACUCCAAUGCUUGACCCCAAAGGUGUUCGAUGGGGUUGAAGUCAGGGCUCUUUGCAGACCAGUUAAGUUCUUCCACACCAAUCUCAACAAACCACUUCUGUAUGGACCUCGCUUUGUGCACGGGGGUAUUGUCAUGCUGAAACAGGAAUGUGCCUUCUCCAAAAUGUUGCCACAAAGUUGGAAGCACAGAAUCAUCUAGAAUGUCAUUGUAUGCUGUAGCAUUAAAAUUUCCCACAGUUGUGUCAAGUUGGCUGGAUGUCCUUUAGGUGGUGGACCAUUCUUGAUACACAUGGGAGUCUGUUGAGUGUGAUAACCCCAGCAGCGUUGCAAUUCCCAACACAAACCAGUGUGCCUGGCACCUACUACCAUACCCCGUUCAAAGGCACUUAAAUAUGUUGUGUCUUGCCUCUUCAUCCUCUAAAUGGCACACAUACACAAUCCAUGUCUCCAUUGCCUCAAGGAUGAAACAAAAUCCUUCUUUAACCUGUCUCCUCUUCUUCAUCUACACUGAUUUGAAGUGGAUUUAACAAGUUAGAUCAAUAAGGGAUCAUAGCAUUCACCUGGUCAGUCUAUGUCUUGGAAAGAGCAGGUAUUUAUAAUGUUUUGUACACUCAGGCUAAUAUCGCAACCAUUUUGUUGAAUAAAGCUGAUUAAAGUGAUUACCUGAGAGUGCAGGAGGAAAAUAGUCAACAAUAGUUCCUGUACUAGACCAUUGUAGCAGGUAAAGAUGAAACUGACUACAGAUACACUACAUGGCCCAAAUAAUGCUUGUCUAACAUCUCAUUCCAAAAUCAUGGGCAUUAAAAUGGAGUUGGUCCCACCUUUGAUGCUAUAACAGCUUACUUUUGGCCAUGUAGUGUAGCUAGAUAAGUAGUACAUUUGGCUGAUGUAGUAGCCUAUGUGUGAUUUAGAUGUAAUGCUUAGAACACCAGCAGGCGAUAUUUUAAAAAAAAAUGCUUGAUAUGACUUUUUUUUUAAGUUACAGAAAAUGAAUAUGUAUUACAUUUUUGUUAAUGUAUAAAUAUUUAUACUGUAAUUUAUGAAUGUGGUUUUAUACAAUAUAAGAGUGACUCUGUGUGUGUUCUUUGACAUGAUUCCAUUGAAUUAUCACCAUCAACAUUCUUUUCACAAUCAGAACGGAGAAGGCGUGUUGUACAUUUUCAACGGCCAAGACACUAAUUGUGCUAUCAAGACAAUCGGAGCUCUAGAAAGAUGCCAGAGAGUCGGAUGACCAUUCAAAACGAAUUUCCCAGUCGGAGCUCGUUUCAUAGUUUCCAGUUGUCGUGAACUAAUGCAUCGUUCAAAACAACUGAUAACUCGGAACUGGGAACUCGGCUAUUUCCGACUUUUGACUCCGAUUGAGAAAAAUCGAUUUGAACAGUCAUCCAACUCGGAAUUCCAACUCGGGAUCUCUGGUCUCUUUCUAGAGCUCCGACUUUCCAACCUGAAGAUCACUGACAUCAUGAUUUGACCUGAUAUUUGCCCGAAUUCCCAGUAGAUUUGAACACCGCAACACUGAAGUCGGAAGUCUGACAUUUCCGAGUUCUCAGUUAUUUUGAAUAUGGCAUAAUGAUUCUUCAUCCUUUGACCACAUAGACAGCGAUUUUUCAGUGGAUGACACGUCCGAUGACUUGGCACGCAACCAUUGGUUGUUGCGUCUCCUCGCCUAGCUAUGGAACGCGCUCCCAAAUUCCAUGUUUUAUUAUGAGUUUCUUUUAAUAAGACAUUGUUAAUAAACUAUGAGAGGUCAGGUUUAUUCUGUAUAAGGAGCAUCAAAUAUGUCACUGAAUUAUUUUGUGUAUUCAGGACUCGUGUAUCCUAUUAGAGAAAGACAUUUUCUCUCUUUCUGUUUUAAUUAUUACCUUGCUGCCAAGCCAUCAAACCGAAAAUAACGUGUCCGCAUCGAGGUUUAAAAUUAUUGUGGUGUUCCUUUAAUAAAUUAACGGUGCAUUGUGGGAUGUAAAAUGGCUCCAUGGUGUUGUCAGCAAACUAGCCAACCAGUCAACUCUUACAGCCAUAACGUUACAUUUACAAAUAACUACCCUCGAUGAAGCAUUGCUAUUAAUUUCUUAAUAGUAGUAUACAGAAUAUAGCUUUGAGAAUCAACAACUUUUAUUGCAUUCACCUCUUUUUUUUUUCGUCGAAACAACAGCCACCAUGUCUGCCGAAGUAGACAAAUUGAGAAGUCAGUCCAGCACAAGAAGAGAUGAUAGAAGAAGUACUGAGUCCUCCACAAGAAGAGAUGACAUUAGAAGAGAUGACAAAAGAAGUACAGAGACUGCCAGAAGAAGAGAUGACAAAAGAAGUACUGAGACUUCCAGAAGAAGAUAUGACGGAAGAAGUACUGAGACUGCCACAAGAAGAGAUGACCGAAGAAGUACUGAGACUGCCACAAGAAGAGAUGACCGAAGAAGUACCGAGACCGCCAUAGGAAGAGAUGACAGAAGAACAACAAGUACAGGGAAAGAAAAAAUUAAAAGGAAAAGCCGCAGUAGAUCAUCUUCCUCCGCAUCCAGCUCAUCCUCAGCAUCGGGAUCCUCUUCAUCAUCCUCAUCCCGCUCCUCGUCUGGCAGUAGGAGUAGUUCGAGCAGCAGUGAUUCCCACAGCAAGUCCAGAAAGAAUUCUAAGAAAAGGAAAAAGGAAAAACAACUCAAAAAGAAAGGGAAAAGGGAGAAAAAGCUUAAACGGAAGAAGGACAAGAAAAUGAAGACGGAGGAGGAAAGCGCUGGACCUGGACCUAUUCAGAUAUCCAAGUAUUUAAAAGAGAGAAAGAGAAAAAGCAAGUUCAGCAUGAUUUCAGGAAAGAAGAUAAAAAUGAAAUUGAAGAAGUCAAAGAAAGACAAGCUGAGAGACAAGAAUCGCGCAGAACUGCUUGAAUUCCUCAACUCCACGUUGUAAUGCAUGGACCGUCACCGAUAGUUGCGUUCCAGAAUCUUCCACUUUUUUCCAGAACAGAACUCAGGGAAAGAACCCAUGUGAUAAAGCUCUGAAAGAAAAUACAUUUUUAGGUUUAUUAUCACAGGAAGAGAUUGGGGAUAUGGCCCAGGUUGUUUGAAAAUGUCAGUAAAAGCUAUGUCUCGGAAAUUUGACUUUGUGCUGUCACUUGGUUGCCGGCGCCUUUCUGCAGACUAUUUGUAACCGAUGUCUCUGUUUUGAUUUUUAGAAGUAAUUUUUACUAUAAUAUUGAAGGAGCCAGUCGCUGACUUUGUGUCUGUAUGUUUGCUAAGCAAGAUAGUGUUGCUGUGGUGGAAUUUACUGUCAUCUGCAAAGAUCUUAGUGAUGAACAACCUACCUGAGUUCAAAUUGUAUUUGUUUUCUUUGGGAUUGAUCAAAGGGGCAAUCUGCUGUUGCUAAAUCAAUUUUUAGAUUUAAAUGAAUGAUAUACUCGUUUAUUCUCGAAGAAUAUAACUUUUAUAGAUACCUAACUGUCGUUCCCCACCAUGACCUAAAAUAUAAGCUUGUUCUAAAUGUAAACAAACACUAUAUAGUCUUUAAACAUAGUUUUAACCAUCAUUUGGCUGUCAUGGAUGGUCAGUCCUUGUUUUCAUAGCUCUGUUAUUGAGUUUGUUAUCCAAUUUCUCCAGCCCCAUAGCUGAGCUAUGUACCUAAUCAAUGGCAGGGUGUCUGCUUUGUUAUUGUUUUGAACUGCAGAUUUCCCCCUUUAAGCAUGCCUGGCACAAUGGAACAAAGGAAAAGUGCCAACUCUGUCCAUUUUUCUCUCCAGGCAGGCUCAAAGUAUUUGAAAUCAAAUACUAUUUGAACCCAGAUGUGAUGAACAAAGAUUUGUGUAAGCUUCAUUGUAGUGUAAUCUGUCAAAUAAAACACCAGUCUGGCAUUGCAUUGUUUGAUGAUCUAUGUUUUAAAGAACGGACAAAACUGUCCUGCAGCUAACUCUUGACUGUAUCCCCUGGAGUUUUAUUUCUUUAAUGGUUGGUGUUUAAGACAUCUAUAUUUAAUAUAUCAGAUUCAUCUAUAGAAUGUACAAAUCUGAGACCCGUAACUGGAUGUCAUCCCAUGUAAAUCAAAUGUAUUUUGGAUGAGUGUUAUACUUUGUGAAGGCAACUUGAUUUGUGACAGUCCACUCAAUACAACAGCUCUUUUCUCAACAGCAAUAAACUGCUGCUGUUAUACUCUA